UCAUGAGCGCCGAGCGGGGCUUUAAGUCCUUCAUUAGGCGCGCGGGCGAGCCUUUGGUCCCAACUGGCCGCGCCUGGCGCUGCCGCCGCUGCCUCGCCCGGGGAGAGCACUCUUGCCAAGUGCGCGGCGCUCCGCCACGGAAACUUUGAUUUACCGCGGGGGCGCACGAAGAAUGGUCGCCGGGCGCACAUGGAUUCGGUAGAACUUUGCCUGCCGGAGCCGCUCUCCCUGCACUACGAGGAAGAGCUUCUCUGCAGAAUGUCAAGCAAAGAUCGACACAUUGAUUCUAGCUGUUCGUCGUACAUCAAGACGGAACCGUCGAGCCCUGCUUCUCUGACGGACAGCAUCAACCACCACAGCCCUGGUGGCUCCUCAGACGCCAGUGGGAGCUACAGUUCCACCAUGAAUGGACAUCAGAACGGGCUGGACUCACCUCCCCUCUACCCUUCAGCCACAGGGCUUGGGGGCAAUGGGCCAGUCAGGAAACGGUAUGAUGACUGCUCCAGUACUAUUGCUGAAGAUUCACAGACCAAGUGUGAAUAUAUGCUGAACUCGAUGCCCAAAAGACUGUGUUUGGUGUGUGGUGACAUUGCAUCAGGGUACCACUACGGAGUGGCUUCCUGCGAGGCCUGCAAGGCUUUCUUCAAGAGGACAAUUCAAGGUAACAUAGAAUACAGCUGCCCAGCAACAAAUGAAUGUGAAAUCACAAAGCGCAGACGCAAGUCCUGCCAAGCCUGCCGCUUCAUGAAGUGUCUAAAAGUUGGCAUGCUGAAAGAAGGUGUCCGCCUAGACAGAGUACGUGGAGGUCGUCAGAAGUACAAGCGCAGAAUAGAUGCAGAAAAUAGCCCGUACCUGAACCCUCAGCUAGUGCAGCCAGCAAAAAAGCCAUAUAACAAGAUUGUCUCUCAUUUGCUGGUGGCUGAACCAGAGAAGAUCUAUGCUAUGCCUGACCCCACUGUUCCAGACAGUGACAUCAAAGCACUUACCACUCUUUGUGACCUGGCAGACAGAGAACUGGUGGUGAUCAUUGGAUGGGCUAAGCAUAUUCCAGGAUUCUCCACUUUGUCUCUGGCUGACCAGAUGAGCCUUCUGCAGAGUGCUUGGAUGGAGAUUUUGAUUCUCGGUGUUGUAUACCGGUCACUUUCUUUCGAAGAUGAGCUCGUGUAUGCUGAAGAUUAUAUUAUGGAUGAAGACCAAUCCAAAUUGGCAGGCCUUCUUGACCUUAACAAUGCCAUACUGCAGCUGGUAAAGAAAUACAAGAGCAUGAAGCUGGAGAAAGAAGAGUUUGUCACUCUCAAAGCUAUAGCACUUGCUAAUUCAGACUCAAUGCACAUAGAGGAUGUUGAGGCAGUGCAGAAACUUCAGGACGUCUUACACGAGGCUCUGCAGGAUUACGAAGCCGGGCAGCACAUGGAAGACCCACGCCGCGCAGGCAAGAUGUUGAUGACUCUCCCACUUCUGAGGCAAACCUCCACCAAGGCCGUGCAGCAUUUCUACAACAUCAAACUGGAAGGCAAAGUCCCCAUGCACAAACUUUUUUUGGAAAUGCUGGAGGCCAAGGUCUGACUAAAGCAUCAUGGGCUUCCCCAUCAUGCACGUUUUAAACAAAACAAAACAAAAGAAAAGGAAAAAAAAAAGUAAAAAAAAAAAAAAAAGAAUGAAAAAAGAAAAAAAAAAGGGAAAAUAAACAGGAUAAUAAUGGCAAAGAAACUUAGUGUUUAAUUAAGGAAAAAAAAAUGACUGCACUGAUAUUUAGCAGCAAGACUGUGAAGCAGCUUUCAACUUUUUCUUCUGUGUCUUUCUGAUGCAGUUUUUCCUUUCCUUAUCUCUCUUUUCCUUUCCGUUCUUUCCUUUCCUUUUUUCCUUUUCUCUCUCUUUUCUUUGUUUGGUUUUUUUUUUUUCCUUUGCUGCUGAACUUUAAAAAAAAAAAAAAAAAGAGGUCUCUAAUUGAAGAGAGAUGGAAGCCAGGCCUGCCAAAGGAUGGAAAUCCAUAAUAUGGAUGCCAGUGAACUUAUUAUGAACCAUAAUGUCCCCAAUGACAAAGGAAUCAAAGAGAGAACCACCGUACCUAGCAGUACAGUACAACACGAUGAACUGACUGAAUGCAGUAUUAGAUUUCAUAGGAGCAGUCUCUAAUUAGACGACUAAGCGACGAUGCAUCGGCUGCUUCUUAUCAUUGCAUUUUCCAUCUAGAUCAGUUACAGCCAUUUGAUUCCUUAAUUGUUUUUUCAAGUCUUCCAGAUAUUUCUUAGGUUAGCUACAAUGUAACUUUUUCAGGGAAUAGUUUAAGCUUUAUUCAUUCAUGCAAUACUAAAGAGAAAGAAAUACUGCAUUUUUGUGCUGGCUUGAACAAUGAUGAACAAUAAUGAAGGACAAAUGAAUCCUGAAGGAAGAUUUUUUUAACUGUUUUGUUUCUUCUUACUAACGGAGAUUUUUUUGUACCAGCUUUACCAGUUUUCAGCCAUUUAUUAAUGUGGGAAUUUAUCUUACUAAAGCAAUAGUCGAAGGCAAGGUGCAUAUUAUCACGGAUGCAAUUUAUGUUGUGUGCCAGUCUGGUCCAAAACAUCCAGUUUCUUAACAUGAGCUCCAGUUUAUGACUAAAUGUUCACUGACUCAAAGGAUUAGAUUACACCUACAGUAUAUCCGAGUAGUCUAAUGUAGAAAUACUCCAUGUCAAAUACCAAUCCGUAACGGUGUUAGGAGACAGCGACUGUACAGAGGUAUAGUUGCUUACGUGAUUUCUAACUGCUUCAGUUGCAAAUGAACAAGAUACUGCCUGUUUGCAAAAUUAUAACCUCACACGCAGAAAAUCCCUGUGAACCGAUAGUAGCUUAGAGGCAAUAAGGCAAAUGCCGCCGACACGUGCGAAAUUAAGAAAUCAGAGUAGUAGACUUCUGACCAAAUUGAAGAAUUUAACACUUCUAGACCUUAUUUAUUGAUUUAGAUUUUCUUUUGUAAAUGGCAAUCUUUAACAGGUAGCUAAACCAGUAUAUGUGCUUUUCAACCAGUAUUGUCACAGCAUGAAAGUCAGUCAGUUUCAAGACUGUUAACGAGGUGUAAUCUAAUGUAUAAACCGAUUAGAUGCCCCCAGAAAUCUACAGUCGCUGAAUAACCGAUAAACAAUAACCUCCAUCAAAUGCUAUACCAAUGUACCAGUGUUAGUAGCUGCUCCCUGUACUAUGUGAACAUCCUUAUUCUAUGUACACAGAUGUAAUUAAAAUUGUAAUCCUAACAAACAAAAGAGAUGUAGUUCAGCUUUUCAAUGUUUCAUGUUUGCUGUGCUUUUCUGAAUUUUUAUGUUGCAUUCAAAGACUGUUGUCUUGUUCUUCUUGUGGUGUUUGGAUUCUUGUGGUGUGUGCUUAUAGACACAGGGUAGAAUUAGAGACAAUAUUGGAUGUACAAUUCCUCAGGAGAUUACAGUAGUAUAUUCUAUUCCUUACCGGUAAUAAGGUUCUUCCUAGUAAUAAUUAAGAGAUCAAAACUCCAAACAAAUAACUCGUUAUGAACAGAUACACACUGAAAUCAUAAUAUUUUCAAACCAAGGGAUAAUUUCUGUAACAGUUUAUUAUAGAAUACCAAUGUAUAGCUUAGAAAUAAAACUUUGAAUAUUUCAA